ACCCAAGUUCACUUACUGUUUGACUUUUCACUUCGGAGACAAACUUAGAAAAAGAAAAGGUUUUGGAGAGGACGAGGGAGAGCGGAAGAGAGAGAGAUACCAUUGAGAAUAACUCUGUAUUUUCUUUCUGAGCUUCUGCGAGAAUGGUUGCUAGAACCCCACCAAAGCACAAGAAAAUGGUGGCCCCUCUCAACCCGGUUCUUCUAAGGGAAACAGUGAAGAAGGUGGAUCGAUGCAUGGCUCGGUUGCAGGAGCUACAGUACACGGUUGCAGGUGGGACGAAGGUUGUAUCAGGAGUGAGUCUUAGCCCUCGCAGUACCAGAGGUUACCUACGGACUAGUCUCAGAUGCAAGCAAGAAUCCAUCAGGUUAAAAAAUGCAGCCCCUAGGAAAUCUCCUGUUGGGAAGUUUCCAGCAGACACAGGAGGGGAAUGGCGGAGAAUGUCAUUGCCGGCAAUGCUCGUCGGAGAGACGGUGGGAGAAAUUCUACAAGCAAGUCAAUUUGCAAGAGAAAUAGUAUCAGUAGUUUCUAACAAAACCAAGAAAACCUCUUCGGACGAUCCAAAAACUCCGGUGACCGAACAGAGAAAACAAAGGCCUUAUGCUGAAGACACUGAACUCAAGGCAAAAAGGAGGAAAGAGAAACAAAACAAAUUACAAUCCAUUCGAUCAGAGUCCAUUUCCCCAACACUCCAACGCGCUCGGUCCCGAAUCAAUUUCAAAAUCUCACCUCCAAACAAAAGAGAACUUGAGAAAGAAAAUAGUCGGUAUGUGGCAAACAGAGUUUCACCAAAGCAUAGGCCAUGGGCUAAAAAGACUGUUCUGUUCCCUAAUCCUCUGUUUCUAUCCACACCUUCUGCUCAGCAGCAGAAGUUUUGCAAGACAAGGUCUCCUGUCAUUGCAAGGAACAAGCAACCGCCUCAGACUCCACAUAAGUUCCUCAUCAAGUCACCAACUUCGGCUUCAAAGUUUCAGGUCAAGAUCAAGAGCCCACCAUUGGUUUCUCGAUCUCCUCCAACAAGAGCCACAAGUCUCAGUCUUAGCAAGAAGUCGUCUCCAACAAGAAUUAAGAUCAAGAGCCCACCAUUGGUUUCUCGUUCUCCUCCAAAAAGAGCCACAGGUCUUGGUAAGAAGUCUCCUAAGAUGUCGACUGCUUCGAAACUACGCCGCUCUUUCUCUCCAUCAAGACUGGCAACCAGAUUGGUGUCUCCCCUUAAGAGCAGAAAGAGUGUUCAGAAGAGUGAGAGUCUAGUCAGCGGAUUGAGACAGCGUCCAACAUCCUCCAUCCCAAUGGGACUUUCAGCUCGGAGAAUUUAAAUGCCUUCUUUGAAUUUUGGUGUUUUUAAGAUAUUUACUCGAUGUCCAUAGUUGAUUUGUUCUAUUCUUAUUUUCGUCAUGAGUGUGAAUUCUGUAAUUCCAUUUCAAAUCGUUAAAAUGUACAAGAUUGCUCACUCUUCGAUACAAAUAACUCAAGGAUCUUCAAAAUCUGAAGAAA